AUGGCCUCGGAGGGCCUGGCGGGGGCGCUGGCGGCGGUGUUGGGGGGCCAGGGGCUGAGUGUGCACAGCUGCGACUCGGAACCGACCGGGGAGCCCCUGGCGCCUGUGCGGCUGCGGAAGGACGUCUGCUACGUGGUGCUGGCCGUGUUCCUCAACGAGCAGGUGAGCGUCCGCCCGCCGGGCCCGGCGCCCGGCCCGCCGCAGCGCGCAGCCAGCCCCGAUGGGGUCAGAGGAACUGCCGGCAACAGCCACCACUUAUCUAAAUGCAAGGAGGGAUACAUCGCAGAGCGAGACAGCCGCGACCCCCAGGCACACAAGGGCCAACUCCCUGGAGAGCUCCACCGUUUGAGGUGUGCACCAGAUGAGGUGCUACUGAUCCAGGAGGCCAAGAAAGAGUGCCGUGGGUCUUGGUACCUACCUGCAGGGAGAAUGGAGCCUGGGGAGACCAUCGUGGAGGCACUGCAGCGGGAGGUGAAGGAGGAGGCCGGGCUGCACUGUGAACCUCUGACAUUGCUAUCUGUGGAGGAGCGGGGCCCCUCCUGGAUCCGCUUUGUGUUCCUUGCUCGAGCCACGGGUGGAAUUCUGAAGACUUCCAAGGAGGCGGAUGCAGAGUCCCUGCAGGCUGGCUGGUACCCACGAACCUCCCUACCCACUCCGCUGCGAGCCCAGGACAUUCUGCACCUGGUAGAGCUGGCUGCCCAGUACCGGCAGCAAGCCAGGCACCCUCUUCUUCUGCCCCAGGAGCUUCCCUGCAGUCUGGUCUGCCAGCGGCUCGUGGCCACCUUUACAAGUGUCCAGACAGUGUGGGUGUUGGUGGGCACAGGGGGGAUGCCUCACUUGCCCAUCACUGCCUGCGGCUUCACUCCCAUGGAGCAAAGGGGUGGCAUCAAAAUGGCCAUCCUGCGGCUGCUACAAGAGUGUCUCACCCUGCACCACUUGGCGGUGGAGACCAAGGGGUUGCUUGGACUGCAGCACCUGGGCAAAGACAAUGCAGAUGGCAUCUGCUUGAAUGUGCUGGUGACUGUGGCUUUUCGGAACCCAGGGAUGCAGAGUGAGCCCCCAAAGGUUCGGGGUGAGAACUUUUUCUGGUGGAAGGUGAUGGAGGAAGACCUACAAAGCCAGCUCUUACAGAGGCUUCAGGAAUCAUCUGUUGUCCCAGUCAACAGAUAGGAAGGUGCCUUCGUUGUGCAAGGAGCUGGGCACCUGUGCCCCCCACUCCACCGCAGCCCUGCCUUCCUUUGGGGAGGCAGGAGGUUGGCAGUCAGGGGUCUUGUUGCACUGGGAGCAGGUGAUUCUCCUAGUUCUCAGGGUAAUUUCCUUCUCUGUGGAAUAGGUCCCUACAGUGCACCGAAAGGACAGUGCCUUUAACCAAACAAGAAGGUCAGAGCUCAAGGACCUAAUUGCCCUGUGGGCAAAAUGAGGGCACUACUCCCUAAGGGGAUGUGGGAACUUUCUGAACCUGAGAGGGCAUCUACUUGUCAUUUUCCAUGCUUGCCUCAGUAAAGGCCUACACCUGGAUUCUCAUGCACUUAGAACACAGACUUGGGGUGCUGGGGGAGGUUGUUCCAAGGGAGUGGGCUCCAUGCUGAGUAAAUAGGUGGUUCUUGCUUUGC